CCGCCCACCUCGAGCAAUGCAGACGGCGCGCUCGGCCCGCGUGCUGGUGCUCGCGCUCCUCGCGCUCGGCGCAGGCGCGGCGCGCCGGAGGGCCUCCACUGCCAGCCAGUCCACGGCGCGCGAGUGGCUGCGCAGCCACGGGCCGGCGCCGCCGCAGGACGAGCUGCAGGAGCUGAAGGCGGCCAACCCGGAGGCGUACGCGAUCGUCAAGGCGCUCUUGACCAAGCGCGCGCUUGGCCUGCUCGAUCCCAGGCACCCGACCGCCUCGUUCGCGUCGGCCCCAGCGGCGCAGACAGCUGACAACGCCCCGCCCAUGAGCUCGGUGGACUUCGCCGCCUCCGUGGGCGUGAAGGCGUCCUCCGGCGCGGCUCCGGAGGCCACCGACGACACCGUCGAGGCC